UCCUUAAUAUCCAAAUUUCAACAAGGGGGCUGGGCUGCUCGCCUUGACAGAAAGGCGACCGGGCCUAGAUUAGAUGUUCGCCUUUUUAUAGAAUAGAAAGAGAAGGUAAAGGGGGGGGGUUUGGAGAUUCUUGAAAGAAUGCAUGGCUUCCUCCUAUUCCGCUUCAACAGAAGCCCUUAAAAUCCUGCUGCUAUGGCAGCAAGGGUUAUCCAUUUCAUAGGCGAGGGUGGGGGAGAAGCAAGCCGAACCUCUGAUCGACCCGGACACGUCAAAAAUUAUCGGCGCCGAGAGAAAGACGAGAUUCAGUAAGUAAUUCAGUGAGUGCUUUCUUUUAUAAGAAGAGCGUCGGCUUGGAAGAAGAAAAUGAAAUACGAACAACCGCGCUGGUUGUAAUAGAUCGACUUGAAUGCGUCUUCUUGCUCCAGCAUUCAAGUUCCAUUUCAAGGGAGGACGACGUACCAUGAUACUUUCUGUUUUGUCGAGCCCUGCUUUGGUCUCUGGUUUGAUGGUUGUACGUGCUAAAAAUCUGGUACAUUCCGUUUUGUUUCCCAUCCUAGUCUUUUGUGACACUUCUGGUUUACUUAUUUUGUUAGGUCUCGACUUCUCCGCUAUGAUCUCCCCAGUAGUUCAUAUAGGAGCUAUUGCCGUUUCAUUCCUAUUUGUGGUUAUGAUGUUCAAUAUUCAAAUAGCGGAGAUUCACGAAGAAGUAUUGCGCUAUUUACCAGUGAGUGGUAUUAUUGGACUAAUCUUUUGGUGGGAAAUGUUCUUCAUUUUAGAUAAUGAAACCAUUCCAUUACUACCAACCCACAGAAAUACGACCUCUCUGAGAUAUACGGUUUAUGCCGGAAAGGUACGAAGUUGGACUAAUUUGGAAACAUUGGGCAAUUUGCUUUAUACCUACUAUUUCGUCUGGUUUUUGGUUUCUAGUCUGAUUUUAUUAGUAGCUAUGAUUGGGGCUAUAGUACUUACUAUGCAUAGGACUACAAAGGUGAAAAGACAGGAUGUAUUCCAACGAAAUGCCUUGGAU